GUAGACGCCUGACAACACUGCUUAAGCCUUCGACCACCGUGACCACCAUCAGCGUAUAUGAUGUUGUGUAACGUAUAGAAUCACUUGCUGAUACCUUCUGGUUUUUCGAAAACCAUACUUUAUUUCCAAAGACUCUGCUGGUCGUGGAGGACGCCACGAUGUCGCAUGGCACCAAGAAGGAUCGACCGGUGUUGCGUCUUCUUCUCAUAGGUCUCAUAUUCCAUCUGGUUUAUAUAGGCACCGUCUUUGACUGCUACUUCACAAGCCCUGUGGUAAAUGGCAUGCAAAGCUAUGGUCUUGACCGUGGUCCGGCCAAGCGGUUGGUCUUGAUUGUUGGUCCGUCACUCCCUUACGAUGUUCGUAACAGAGGUUUACAUUCAAGGGUAGCUGAUGGAUUGCGUGCGGACCUGCUGCUAUCUAAGCAGCCAUUUCCUACGAUACCUGGCUCUCCAGAGACUGUGGCUCCGCAUUUGCGCUCUGUGGUGGAGAGGCGGGGUGCUUUUGGUGUUUCUCAUACCCAUGUGCCUACCGAAAGUCGCCCGGGACAUGUGGCUUUGAUUGGUGGCAUGUACGAGGACGUAUCCGCUGUAACUAAAGGAUGGAAAACAAAUCCGGUUGAUUUUGACUCCGUAUUCAAUCGAUCCAGCCACACGUACUCGUUCGGGUCUCCGGAUAUCCUCCCGAUGUUUGCGCAGGGCGCAACGCCAGGGAAAGUCGAUAUGUGGAUGUUCCACGAAGAUGAAGAAGACUUCACCAAAGACGCCACAGCGUUAGACACAUGGGUUUUGAAUCACGUCCGGGACCUUUUUCACAACGCAUCUACCAGUAUGGCUUUGAAUGCCCAAAUGCGGGCGGAGAAGACAGUUUUCUUUCUCCACCUCCUUGGGUUAGAUACUACUGGUCACUCGUACCGGCCAUUUUCAAGGGAGUAUAUGAACAACAUUCAAGUUGUUGAUAACAUCGUUCGACAGACAGAGCAAUCAUUCUCCGAGUUUUACGAAGACUCCGAGACUGCGUUCGUGUUCACCGCAGAUCAUGGUAUGUCGAGAAUAGGGAAUCAUGGAGAUGGGGACCCUGACAAUACACAGACCCCUCUCAUAGCCUGGGGGAAGGGCAUUCGCGGUCCGCUGCCUGAUUCCAACCCCUCAUCACACGAUGACUAUUCUGCACCUUGGGAUCUCACUCGCCUUUUGAGAAGGGAUGUAGAACAAGCAGAUGUGGCAGCAUUAAUGUCUACCUUGAUUGGUAUUGAUUGGCCUGUGAACUCGGUCGGUGUUGUUCCCGACGUGGAUCACACACGACCUGGGUAUUUGCUGGAUGUCGACGGUGGGAAAACGCAAGCCGAAGCUGCUUUGGUGAAUGCGAGGGUGCUCUUGUCACACUAUCGUGUCAAGCACGCGCGGAAAAGAGAACAUACUCUGUUCUACAAGCCAUAUCCUUAUUUUUCUGACGGUGAAACAUACCUUUCCGGGCAAAUGAAGCUAUCGGAAAUUGAACAUUUAAUCAAAAGGCAACAGUAUGAUGAUGCCCGUCAAGCUUCGUCCAAACUGAUCAAACACACUCUUGAAGGUCUUCGAUACCUGCAGACAUAUGAUCGCACUCUUAUCGGUGCAAUUGUCGUUGUCGCGUAUCUCGGGUGGAUAGCCUAUGGUGCUUCCACCAUCCUCGUCCCACCCUCUUCCACGGGUAUUACUUCUAGAUUGCAAGCAAUAGACCUGGUGGCCGCUGUUACUCUGUGUGCCUUUUGGACAUUGUUCAUUCUCCAGAAAUCCCGCGGGUCGUUCUACCUUUACAUUAUCUUCCCCGUAUACUUUUGGCAUCAAGCGAUACGCCGGUUCGGUAGCAAUGUGGAUCAAUUACGAAAGCUUGUCUCGACUACGCAUCUUUCAGGUCUUUUCGUCCGGGGUGGAUUGGUCGUGGUGACACUUGAAGGCAUGGUGUUGGCAUAUACACAUCGAUCUAUCUGGAGUAUUGGCUUCCUGAUUAUGGGGCUUGCGUGGCCUCUGUUUUUCUGGCCAAAUGAAGUACAGGCACGGAAUAAACUCCUGCACAGAAGCUGGACGAUCUCAUGCCUCGCAACAGCAAUCUUCCCGUUGCUUGAUGUGAACAAAAAAGAAAGCAUACCUACCGUCUUGGCCGGUGGCGUGUGUAUGCUGGUUGCUGGGUUCUACGGCGCAGUUCGCGCGUCGCGUGAGUGGCGUCAACUGCCGCGGACUCAGCGCAUAUCCUUCCAGAGAGCAGUUGGGGUUCAGUGUGGAUUGCUCAUCUCGAGCAUGAUCGUAACUGCAAGCACGGCUCUAAGGCUGCGCCAGAAGCUCGGUCUUCCUUUAUUGAACCAGAUAGCUGGCUGGACCAUCCUCGUCAUUGCAUCCGGAUUCCCUUUCCUUCUACGCAUUGAGAAGCCGACACCAGAAGCACGGAUCACAACAUUAUUCCUCGGGUUCUCAGUUUGCUUUGUCAUUCUUUCGAUCAGCAGCGAAGGCCUCUUCUAUUGCAGUUACGCUACUACGUUGUUCGUGUGGACUGAAGUUGAGACCGUCCUCCGUGCCUAUCGCCACCGAAUGAUUUUGAAGGAGGAGGACAACAAGUCUGAAGUAGGGCUGGCUUCUACGAUAGAAGCAUAUCGCCCGCAAGCGGAUGACAUGAGGAUUGCGGUCUUUUUCUUGUUCUUUGUGCAGGUUGCGUUCUUCGGAACUGGAAAUGUGGCCUCGAUAUCUUCAUUCUAUCUUGAACCAGUGUACAGGCUGGUUCCAAUAUUCAGCCCCUUCCUGAUGGCCACGUUACUCAUAUUCAAGAUCAUCGCUCCUUAUAUUAUUCUCUCUGCAUUCUUCGCAUUACUCAACGCUCGACUUCACCUGCCGCCCUUCAGCCUUUUCCUUGUGGCGCUGACGCUUACAGACGUAAUGACGAUGACAUUCUUCUUCAAAGUCACAGAUACCGGGUCAUGGCUGGAAAUUGGGCAAUCAAUCAGCUUCUUUUGUGUCAGCUCCCUUUUACUCGUCUGGUCUGCGGGUAUAUGCGCGAUUGGAGAAAUCCUCAUGGCGGGAACUACGAUGCAUGUAUCCAAUGCAAAGGCCAAGAAGGAGAACUGAAGAAGGUUUGACAAUGGACUAAUUCGCAUACUUUAUAUACCAUGCUUUAAUAGAUGGGAACUAGGUACAACGGCUCGAUGCUGUACUAGUCCGCCAUUGAAGAGUCCAAUGCAUAAUAAAUACAUCUAAGGUACAACGAGAGUACAACGUACUUUUAUGCCACCACCUACCCCCUCUAAUUUAUGCCGGUAUUAGAAAAGUCAAUCUACGUCUACCUUUCCUAAGCAGUC